AUGUCUUCUUUCCGUGUGCGUUUUCAGCCAGUCAACUGCAUGCCAGAACAUGAAGCACGGAGGACACACCAGGAGCUGCCCAAUUUGAGGCGGAGAGCGAAGAGCAAACUCGGUUGUCGACAAUGCAAAACAAAGCGAGUGAAAUGUGAUGAGACCUUCCCAGUAUGCCUCCGUUGCCGACGGCAGGGUCUGAUUUGCUCCUCGACCCCCCGCCUGACGCCGUGGCAAUACGAGACAUACUGGGUCUCGUCACCGAUGGACGCUAUCAUCAAUCGACGGCUCCUCCAAUAUUGGCUCGAAAGAGUGAGCCAGAUACUGGUGCUUGACCCGGAUGACAACCCCUAUUCAUUUCCCAUAUUGGGCUAUAUUACAAAAUCAUGCGCGUUGAUGCAUAUAAUCCAGUCAAUCAGCGCCUGUCAUGAACAAUACUUUUCUGCACAGGCAUCCGUAAUUGCCCUUGAGGAGAGAGGUAAAGCCCUAGCAUCCUUCCGGAAGGAAAUAGACGGGCCAAAGACUGCACCACAAGCAUCGCUACUUACUGCUAUGCUACUGGCACUGUCGCACGGAGCCGAUGACGACAUGGCAGAUUUUGGAAAGCAACACUUAUUCGCAGCACGCAUUUUGAUCAACAAAUUACUCCAGCACUCGUCUCAUCUUUUUGAGCAUGACGACCUGUCCCGGUUGUGUUUCGGGAUGUAUCUCUACUGGGAGAUGUGCACUGCGUUUCUUGUGGAUCCAAACGAAGAACCGGAGUUCAACAUACUGAACUUGUCCAUCGCGGUUCAAAGAAUGGGCCGCUGGCAUCACCCAAUGUACGGGUAUGGCACAGAACUUCUCUUUAUAUUGAUGAAUGUGGGUCGUCACUGUCGGCAGGUCCUGCAUUCGCCGCGAUGCAAUCCCAUUCGGGAGGCCAUAUUGGAACAGCAGCUCUUGAAGUGGAACGCGUGCUCCGCCAACUCUUCCUUGGAGCACUUAUAUGAGGCUUUACGCAAGCAUGGCCUCAUAUUUCUCUACCGAACCUGUCGAUGCAGUGGAUACUUUUCUAAUCUGGAUUUGAAGGAUCUUAGCUUGGAGGGCUUGAUCCAUAAUUAUGCUGUAGAAACUGUGCAUCAUCUUCUCGAGAUUCCCAUGACCUCGAACUAUUUGAACUUCCAGUCACUUCCACUCUUGACCGCUGGGUCAGAGCUGAAAAGGACGGAUUGCUGUCUGCGAAAUCAGGUUUUGCAGAGAUUACGAGCCGUGUACUCCCUUAACCGGCUGCCUGUAAAUCUCCACGUCGUUCAACUCCUCGAGGAACUCUGGAUUUUGCGUGAUAACGGCAGUUCAUCUUCCUGGUUGCACCACAUGCUACACAAGGGAUGGCGACUGCUUCUGGGAUGA